AUGAGCUCUAACAAAGAGGGGGCAGUUGAAGAAGUAAGCUUGGACCCUGAGGGCAGGGAAGCCACUGACAUCUGUCUGGAUGGUGCAUGCUCACUUCAGGAUCUCAACCUGGCCCCUGACGUGGGAUCUUCACAGUGUAGCCUAAGUGAGGAUGAGGUUGAGACUGAGGACAACUCUGAGUUUGAUUCAGGGUCUAAGCUACAGGUGCUAGAGUCGGGAGUGAUGGUUCUUCCGGAUCACAGAGAGCAGUCCGUCUCCUCAGCCAGUGACAAAGGAGACUUUAUGGACUGCUUACCUCUUGUUAAUGACAAGGUUGAGGAAACGGUGCAACAGCCAACCGAUCAGAUGAGCCAGGGUGCUAGAAGCCGCGCAUCCUCAAAAAGCUGCACCAUCCAACAGUCUACCCCUUGGGUGGAUGCAGAAGCAGACCGCAGCAGAAAAGGCAGGAUGGGCAAGAGACUGGUGGAUGCAAAGCAGACCUCUGGGGCCCCUCGCCACCACAGGGGGCCCAAAGGAGGCAGGGCAUGUAGGACAAAAAAGAAAAAGAGAAGCACCAAGAGUAAGAAAACCGUCCCGGAGGAAGUCCCAGACCCAUUCCCUGACCCCGACUCAGCAUCCGAUGAAGAUCAUGAAAUGCAAGUGAUGAGGGUGACCAUUUGCUUCAAGAAUGGAGGGCGGAUCGUAUCCAGCAAUGCUAUGGAUCCUGAAGACAGAAACAAAAAAAGGAAUGUCCAACUGAGGGGCAAUUUUCGUCAUAUGACUGCCUCUCUGCAGAUGUCUGCUCCCAGGGGCCAUAUGUUGGGCACGGGAAAGCUAGGAGCCUCUUGUUCUAACAGAAAAGUAACUGUGUUCAGAGGCAAGGAACAAAGCAGGCCUCGUUACCCAGGAGCUGCUGCAGGUGGGCUAUGGAAGGCCAGUUCUAAGAAGAAAUCAGCCCAGGAGAAGAAAUCCCUACUGGACGCCCCAAGAGUCACUGGGCGAAGACCUGUCCCACUGUGGGGGCAGAGACCAAAGGCAGCUCCUGUGGAAACAGCCACCUUCCCUCCAAUAAGCUGUGUCACCACACUUGAGAGUUCUAAGAAGCACUCCACAACACCCCUGGAAGCCAUUGAGCCUGCACAUGGUCCAUCCAGAAAGAGAGCCGUGGUAAGGAAUGCAAAGGAGAUCCUGCCAGCAGCCAGGCUCGGGGAUAGAGGCCUUGUGUGUAAAGAUACCAUGAAGAAUUUGACAGCAGUGACCCCAUCAGAGUCCUACAAGAUCAAGGAAAUUCCCCGUGCCCAACUUCCAACACACAGGGCAGAGCAGCCUUGCACGUGCACGCAUCAUGGAGAAAUGAGCAGUGGAGACCCCAACACCAGAGCACCUCAAGUUCCAGCAAAUUCCCAGCUCUUGACCCUGAGCCAGAGAGGCAUCAGCCCCAGAACACUUGCACCAGCUGGUGACCAAGGUCCGUCUGUGGUCCCCCUACUCCCUCUUGGGGAGAAGCAUCAUCAAGCACCAGGGACACUGGGAUGUCAGCAGUGUCCUUUGCUAGAGAAAGAAGCUCACAGGCUGAGAAAACAACUAGCCAUGAUGCGGGCCCUCAACAAAAGGUUCCAGGCCCUUUGAAGUGAGCAUUGUGCUGUCCACAGCCCUUCCCACACUUCUGACUGCUAAGGUGGCCAGAGCUGACCUGGCUCUGCUCUGCCUGACAGGUUGGACCCAGCAUCCCUGCAGGAGAGACAAGACCCAUGGAGCCCUGAGGCUGUGGCUCUGCUUCUUCCUUCUAUGUAUUCUCCAGCCAGAGCCACCUUUGUGCCCCUGGUUUUGCCCCAUCUGCCCCUGGAGACAGCUGUUGCACAUUAAAGUGGUUUUGUCCUGUG